AUGAACUCAUUACAAUCAUCAUCAUCAUCAUCAACUAAUAUAGUAACAUCUAAUAAUAUUUCUCAACUAAUAUCAUGGAUAUUAACUAAGAUAUCCUACCGUGCAUUACAAAUACUUAUUAAACUCGAAAUACAAUUUCCUGUAUUCUCAUCCAACUCAUUCUAUUCUGAUCGAUUAAAUUUUUUUACUGAUAUAAUUAAUAUAGGUUGUAAAACGACUUACAGCAAGAGCAUUAUUUGUGCCAUUCAUAAUGCAAUUGUUAUCGAUGAAGGAAUUAAAAGAGAAUUAUUUCGUGAAAUUGAUCUUAAUGAAUUAAUAACAGAAUAUAACUUGUUAAAUAAACUUAAUCGAUUUCAUAAUGAUAAAACUUUGAUUAAUAUCAUGCCAUUUACCGAUUAUUGUGAAAAUGUAAAAUGUAAACGAACAAAAUUAGAUAUUGAAUUUUCGACAAAUGCUCAUAUAAUUUUCUUAGCAUCAGUAAAACCUUGUUCAAUAUUUAAUGGUAUUUGUUCAAAUUGUAAAUGCAUUUAUGGACCAACAACAAUUUUUGAUCCACAAUCGAAUCAAAGAACUAUUACAAUUAGUUCAAUUCAAAACAAUAACAAUAUUUAUUUUUCUGGCGAUCUUGUAUACAGAAAAGAAUUUUUAUCUAUGUUCAGUAAUAAUCUUAUUCAUGCGCAUACAACUUUUCAAGGUUUUACAGAAUCAUAUUUAAACAUGUUGAUCGACGUUCAUGGCCAUCAUGAACCUAUUGUUUCGUCAAAUACAUUAGCUAAACGGAUGGAGGUUGCUUGGAUAUUUUUCGAACUCAGUCGUUUUGUAUUUCUUACUAGUCGUGAAAAAUCAAUUGUUCUUCCUAAGUCUUUACAACCUGAAUCAAGAUACAUUUUCAUAGAGCAAAAUUUACCAUUUUUCCAUCAUCUUUUUAAUACUUUUUGGUCACGACAUCGUAUAUUUCCUUAUAUUAAAUGUAAACAAUCUUCAUGUUCAGCAGUUAUGCUGAUUGACGGUCACCAAAAAAUUAAUAGAAUAAUUUGUCGAUAUGAAAAUCUUACUAAUACUAAUCAUCUGGAACUUGGACCAGUGAACCAGGGAUGUCCAUAUCCACCCCACCGUUCGAAAUCAAAUGAAAAAGGAAAAAAUCAAAAUUCGUAUUACUGUAAACAUCAUAUUAAAUAUAUGAAUACUUCUAUUAACCAACAAAAAAUUACUCAAUCAAAUGAAUAUCAACAAGCUGUAGUGAUUGAUGAAGAAAUUAUACGCACUAUGGAUAAUGAUGAUAUGUGCAAUGUUUAUCGCAAUGAACUUAAAAAUGAUCAAAAGUCUAGAUCAUUCGGCGUUUUAGUAACUUUUUUAUCAUGUGGAGUUGUUAUUGCAUUCACUGAAUCCAUACGAAGUGAAGGUUGUCGACGAAUAACGGAUCAUUUAUUAACAUCAAUGAAAUCUGGUGCAGUUAUGCCAGAGUUCUUAGUUUAUGAUACAGCUUGCGCUUUACGUUUGCAUUGGAACAAUGUAUUCAACACCAACUAUAUGAAGCGUACAGAAUUAACGGAAAAACUAUAUAAUCUUCGUCUUGUUAUUGAUAGAUUUCAUCAAAAAGGACAUAAACGUCAAAUGUGCAAGCAAUUCAUGAAUCCGAAUUAUGAGCAAAAUCGAGAUAUAUUCAAACAUAUAAAUACAUCAGUAUGUGAACAAUUUUUUUCAUUCUUAACUAAAUUUCGAACAUCACUUCGUGUAUUUAAUUAUCCAACAUCGUCUUUAUUUAACAUGUUAUUGUUUCACUUGAAAAAUGCUGACACAACUGGCAUUAAUAUCAACAAUUUUGGACUUGGACAGUCUUAUUUUGGUAAUGACAUUAAAUUACACUUUAUCAGUUCAUGUAUUUCCGAAAGUAUCGAUUAUGAGCUUGCAAAUGAAAAUUCAAUAGAAGCAGAGGAAGAAGAAGAACCACAAGAAACAUAUCAAGAAGAUUAUCAACAAGAUCAUGAAGGAGAUCAUGAAGAAGAUCAAGAAGAGGAUCAUGAAGAAGCUCAUUAA